AUAAUCUCGAGGCAGAAACUACGUCAGAGGAAGUCGUAAAAAAGAAUUUUUCGAAUUGCUUUGUGGCGCUCUGCUGGCAUAGGACUGUAGCUUGUAAGUUUUACUUUUGAAUAAAAUGGCUGAUGUCUCGAAGCUUGUAUAUUCCAUUCUGAAAUUUCUUGGUGAUCAAAAAACCUCAGGAAACUUAAGUGAUGAUGCUGUGGAAAGCCUGGAAGUGGCUAUUCAGUGCCUGGAAUCAGCCUAUGGAAUAAAUACCAACGAACCUGAAAGUGCAUCCAAAUAUUAUGUGGACAAAAAUCUUUUAGAUAUUUUCAAUUCUCAUACAAGUUCUGAGAAAACUGAUAAUUUUGCUGCAAAUACCUUGCAUGAGCCAACUCCUGAAGACAGAGUUGAAGCUGAAAAGCUUAAAAAUAAAGGAAAUGACUUCAUGAAAGCAGAGAAAUUCUCCGAAGCACUAGAAUGUUACACAAAGGCCAUAAAGUUGGACAACAAAAAUGCUGUUUACUAUUGUAACAGAGCUGCAGCCUACAGUAAAUUAACUAAACAUACAUCAGCUAUCCAAGACUGUAACAGUGCAUUGGCCAUUGAUCCUAGCUACAGCAAGGCAUAUGGUCGGAUGGGAAUGGCUUACCUUGAGCUUGAGAACAAUGAACAAUCUCACGAAUGCUACAGAAAAGCUUUGGAGUUGGAUCCAAACAAUCAGAGCUACAAGAAUAAUUUAGAGAUGGUUGAGCAGAGACUUCGGGAACAAGCUAUGGGGGCUGGAUUAGCUUCUGGUGCUGCUGGACAAAAAGGCUUUGAUUUGUCAAGUAUAGUUAACAAUCCAGCACUUAUGAACAUGGCUGCUAACCUUAUGUCAAAUCCUCAAAUGCAGUCCAUGAUGUCCAAUCUUAUGUCCUCAGCAGCUGGUGAAGGAAGCAAUGGAGGCCUUACCUCUUUAUUACAAGCAGGACAACAGCUUGCCACACAGAUGCAGCAACAGAAUCCAGACUUAGUUGCACAGCUCCGCAGACAAGCUAACAUUUUGAAUGGAGAACAACAGACUAACUCUGAAGAAACUGAUAACAAAGAGUGACAUUCCAAGUGUAAAGAACACUGAUGCUAUGAUGGUGUGUUGUCCAUGUAAGACUGGAUGUGCACUGUUCAAAUUGGCUACUACAAACCAAGCAGAAAGCCUAUAUAUAUGUAUUUAUAUAUAUAUAUAUAGCAUUAUAAUAGAGGGACUUAUAACGAAUAAAUCUUUAUAUAAAUAGGACUUAUAAUGAAUAAAUCUUUAUAAAGAAGUAAUGGCCAAAUC